AUGAUAAUAUUAUUUACCUUCAUUACGUAUGCUUAUUCUAGAUGCGCAUUCUCUGUGGAGUGUCAAGGGAAUAACUGUGAUCCAUUAGAGGUUGAUACUGAACCCUUUGUAGGGAGAGUUUCAUAAUGCCCUCAUAUGGAUGGGAAGAUGGUUUGCUGUAACAAAAAUUAGGAUGACCAAAUGCAACGAAACUUUCAAGCCAUUGAUGCAUCUUUUGGUAAUGCUGGUGGUGGAUGUGAUAUGUAAGAUAUAUUGUCUCAUUCUUAGUUGUGCCUAUAAUUUGAAGAAAUUCUGGUGUGAGUAUACUUGUAGUCCUAAUUAGAGCGAUUUCUUAACCACAAACGGAUAUACAAAUAUGAAAGACCCUCUAAACCCCAAAAAUAUAUUGAAAGUUUAGUUAGUUGAGAUUAAAGUCAAACCUUAAGUGGCAUGUGUAACUAUUUUGUUUUAAUCUUUAUAGGACAUGUGGUCAUCUUGUAAGAGAACUCAAUUCGCUUCAUAAGUAACAGCAAUGAAAACUCCAGGAGGAUUCUUUAACUUCCAAGGAGAACAGGCAGUGUAUAUUGUUUAGAUUUAUAUAUUAGUGGUUAAGCUAAAUAAUUCAUAUCAGUCAAGUUUAUUGAUAAUGACGAAGAGACUAUUAACUUUGAUUUUGUUCCUGAUUGCAAGUAUGAUUAUCCUGCUGGUCCAGAUGGCAAAAUAGUUACACCAGAUGGAUUUGUAAUAUCCGAAAGAUGCUCUUGCAAUAAUUGCGAUCUCAUGUGUCAUGAUGAAGAGAUUCUGUAUUAAGAAACUGGCGUUUUUGAAGGCUUCAAUGGGUACUUGGUUUUAUGGGUCUGGGCAGGAGCCAUUCUAAUUGCUGCAUUAAUCACAGGAUUUAGAAAAUAUAAAUAAAGAGAGAAUCAUGAAAUCUUAAUAGAUCCAAUUUGAUUUAGUUCUUUGUUCAUUUUUAUUUGUAUAAAAU